CCUCUUCGUAAAUGCGCGAUCGAGCAGUCGCUGCUUCUCCACGCGCUCUUGCAGUAGGAAAUGGAAGCCACUGCUUCUUACUCCCUCUUCGGCUCCCGCUCCAUCCCCAUUCGGCCCUCUCAUCCGCCUCAAAUUACCUCCGCUGCCAUCUCAUCACCUCCUUUCUCCUCUCUUUCCUCUCCAAAUUUCUCCUGUUCUCGAUCCAAGAGUCCCAAAUCUCGGCCGCGUCUUUAUCCUCCUUCGUGCUCUUCGCCCGAUGUCGAUCAAUCGAUUCCAUCUCAAGAUCUCGCGAUUCUUCUCGAAGUUGAGGGGGUUCUCGCUGAUGUGCACCGUGCAGGAAAUCGCCAAGCUUUCAACUUAGCGUUUCAGAAACAUGGGCUGGAUUGUGCAAACUGGACAGAACCAAUUUAUGCAGAUCUGAGAAGAAAGGCUAGUGGUGAUGAAGAAAAGAUGAUCAUCUUAUUUUUUAACCAGGUUGGUUGGCCUUCCUCAUUGCCAACUAAUGAGAAAGAAACAUUCAUGAAAAGCAUCCUGCGGGAAAAGAAAAAAUCUUUGGAGGAGUUUGCAGCAUCAAGGAAUUUACCUUUGCGACCGGGAGUUGAGAAUUUUAUUGAUGACGCAAUUAAGGAGGGAAUACCUACGGUGUUCUUGACAUCCUACAGUAGAAAUGGGGACAAGUUGUCAAGGUCAGUCAUUGAAAAGCUUGGUCAUGAUCGAAUAUCAAAAGUGAAAAUAGUUGGGAAGGAAGAAGUAGAAAGAAGUUUGUAUGGACAAUUUGUACUUGGCAAGGGAGUAUCGUCCAGUUUGGAUGAGCAACUUGUUAAGGAGGCACAAAAAGCUGUUUCUGCAGAAAAGCAAAGGGUUGCUGAUGAGGUUGCAUCUAUUCUAAAGCUGAGUGUUGAUUUAGAUACCAACCCAUCCGAAAGCUUGGAGAAUGUCGUAGCUACAUUGCGAGCAGGAGCAGAAUAUGCGGGUUUGUCUGUACAAAAUUGUGUGCUCAUUGCUGGAAGCCAAUCCGGCGUGCUUGGAGCUGAACGUGUAGGCAUGCCUUGUGUCGUUCUGAGGAGCAGUCUCACUGCAAGAGCUGAGUUCAGCAAGGCAAAGGCCGUCAUGGACGGAUUUGGAGGUGCAGAUAUGUCUAUCUCUAAAUUGCGCGGCAAAAGAUGGUCUUGACUUUUAUUAUUAAAGAAUUAUGUCAACAGAGCAACAAUAGAGCUGGUCUCUGGGAUAAUCAUAGGGCCUCAGGUGUAAUUUUUGAUAUAUAACCAUGUUUCUGAGAUCACAAUCUGGUGCAGAAUUCUAUGCAAGUUUUUUCUCAUUUGAACCUGAAGCGGUAUCAUGAUCGGGUCAGUUUGUUUCUAGCAGAGCAGAAACUUUUGUAACUUGGAAUAAAUUUUCUGUUUUGAUUCAAGUUUCACAUCGCAAUGAACUUGGCUGAAGUGCUUCAAACUUGUUAGGCUACAGUACUUAGCGACAGAUGACAUUUGCUACUUAUUUUGUGGUCUAGAAUAAUUAUACUGACGAAAGAAGA